UUACAAUUUCAAAUUUAUACUAACAACACACGUGUUAUAUGGUGUGGGCCAAAUCGCACGUCUGUUGUGCACGUUGGAAACAUUCGCACAUUUAGUUUUAUUUUGAUGAUUGUUCAUCAGUCCUAUGAAUCAGAAAUGUGAGUUCAUCAAAAAUGGCUUUUCAGUUCAACUUCGAUAUUGGACAAGAACAAAAUGAUGUUGGCGAAGAUUCUACCGGUUUAACUUCAAUUUCAGGUGCCAACAAGUGUGACAAAGCGGUUGUUGACUCACGAAAGGCCUGCGACAUUUUAAGACCCGCCAAGGAAUUAUACGCCCCUCAAUCUCUGCCAGAAACUCAGUCAUGUGCAGUGGAAGCCCUGAGAGUCAGUGAUCUGGAGUUGCUCUUUCUAAAUCCAGAGGACGUAGAAUUUGACAGGCUUCUGGAAAGCUUAGAAAAUGACAGCGACGUUUCCACAGCCACAGAAAGUCACUCCGACCUGAUACCAAAUGUCUAUGAAGGUGGACUGAAAGUUUGGGAGUGUUCCAUCGAUCUGGUCCACUACCUCCACGAAGCGGAGGUACCACUGGAGAACAAGCAUGUCCUGGAGCUUGGCUGCGGGGCGGGCCUGCCGGGCAUCUAUGCCAGCAAGAAAGGAGCUGCCGGCGUGCAUUUCCAAGACUAUAAUGAAGAGGUGAUUGAGCACAUGACAAUCCCCAGCGUCGUGUUGAACCGAUCUCAGGACGGACCGACCAAUCAGGACCUUCGGUUCUUUGCCGGGGACUGGAGCCUGGUGCAGCAGAAGUUGAUCUCUUCAAAUCCAGAUACAAAGUAUGACAUCAUCCUGACAUCAGAGACCAUUUACAGCGUAGACUCACAUGACAAGCUGUAUCAGAUUCUACGAGCAUUGCUGAGACCAAACGGAGUAAUAUAUAUUGCCGCAAAGACGCACUACUUUGGCGUUGGCGGAGGGACGAGGAUUUUCGAAGACUUGGUGAGGCAGCGUAAAGAAUUCAACAUCGAGGUCUGCAAGACUUUCACCGAGGGGGUGAAAAGAGAGAUUUUGAAGAUGGCGUUUUUGGAGGCUUCUUGAAACUUGGAGGUGCGUCGACAGUGACACCGAGUAUAUUAGAAAGUGUUGUUGAAGCCUUGAACAAAAUGAUCUUCGUGAGGUGUUUCUUCCGUGAGGCAUUUUCUCUUCCAUCUUAUUUCUACAAGAAAUCUCUGCUGGUGGGUUAUGAACCCAAAACCUUCAGAUGCAAUUUUAAGAUUUUGCCUUUGUAUCUCAACUAAUGCUUGUAUUCUUCAUUUUUGCCAUUAAGAGGAAAUAAGUGUGAUGUUGAUGAUGCAAAUUUAAAAUAUUUGCAAAAGAUGAAAUAACGGUCACAAUUGGAAAUUUUCUGUUACCUUAUUCAUCCAUGGUGCUUAACGAAAACAGAUGUUUCCAGUUUAAUUUUGAACUGUAAGUGCUUUGGAAGUUAACAAUGUUUGACACACUGCAAGAGUGACAGGCCUAAAUAAUUUUUUUUUUUUUUUUUUUUAGAUUUUACCAUAUUUUCUCUGAACAGACAGCUUUGAAAAAUUACACAGUUCUUUGCAUAGUACUUCACAGAGAUAACUUUAUUUUCCACCGACAUGAUUUUUUUUUUAACUGUAUAUAUAAUAAAGCUACAUUAGAAAUUCCAAAUCAAAAAUUCUAGUGUGUGUAAUUAUUUCAUCAGCUACCUCGAAAAAGGUGGCAUUGCAUAAAAUGCAUUACUACAAAAAUUCCAUUUUAUAUACAAUUUUUUUUUCCUAAAUAAAUAGCUACUCAAUACAAGUACCAUUUAUUUUUAAAAAUACUGCUUAGAUUUUGGACGUUAAACACAAUCCACAGUUAAGCAUCAUAUAGCUCAUAUUUGUUCCAGAUUUUAAGCCUAAAUUCAAAGCAAUUAUUUUACACACAAUCCUUUUAAAUUGUUCUGUUUUGGAUAUACAGGUUUUAACAAAUCACACACCGAAUACAUGUACCUAAUCCAUUGCGACUUUGAAAUCACACCAGUACAAUGUAGCUAAUUUGUCAACCCAGAGAAGUUUUACAAUAAGCCAGUUCGGUAUCUGGAAGUCCAAGUCAAAGGUCAUUUGGGGAAAAAUCGCUGACGCAAUGUUAUGCGAUGUUACGCAAAUGCCCAUUUUGCUCGUAAUUGACGUAGAGCGUUGUGCGACCAUUUCCUUACGCGUUGAUGCGCCUUUGAUGAGCGUUCGAUUAUCCCGAAUGGCCCGUGACCCAUAUCAUUGUGUGCGCAUGCGCAGUUGAAAUACCGAGCUGGCUUAUUGAACAAGCAUGCUCCAUGUAAGGCGUACAAGCCUAGAAAAUGUUCCUAGUUUCAUGUUCCUGAGUUGCAUGACCAUAAAACAUUUUUUUUUAUAUAAUGCUGAACAAAUAUUUAAACAGAGCACAUACCCUGUUCCUUAUGUUUACAAAAGCUGUCAAGCAUACACUGAAUGUGACCAAAACUACCUAAGGACUUCAUUUGAGGAAGAUACGAAGCCUAAAAUCACAGCAAACCUUACAGAUACUCUUUUACAGACACUCAUUUAAAAGGUUUGAAACAAUCACAAAUACACCGUAAUACAUAAACC